CAGCCUGAACAGUGGCCAACUCCAAGCUGAGCCCAUGGAUUUCCAAGCCGCCCGAGCUCUUCACCGCCGUAUCCCAGCACAGAAAUGGUGCAUCACCAAGGCCGAACUGGAGGAGUUUGCACAGCUGGUGGCAGAGGAACAGAUCCCCAGCAGUCGGCCCAACCCCUUUCACUGCGAUCCAAAGCAUGGCCCCAAUCUCUAUGAUGUGAACACCUACUUGGUGAAGCCCUUGACGCGAAAAGCUGGUGGCCAGAGCUAUGCCUUGAUGAAACAUCCUGAAGGCCUCGAGUGCGAGGUAUUUGUAUCUCAUUCCUGGCAUGGGGGAAUCUUCCACCUUCAGAAGGGAGUGCGCCUGGCGUGGCCUCAGCUAUAUCGACUUCAAAACUUGUACUGCUGCCUUUUGUCCAACCCGCAAAAUUUAGACCUGGACGAAUUUAUCGGUGGAAACUUGAGUGAGAGUGCAUUUGCUUUAGCAUUGCAAAAGGCAUCGUACUUGCUAGUAGUUCCAAAUCCUUCAAUGGGAGUAUAUUCCAGGCUUUGGUGUGUGUUUGAGGCUUAUCUUGGAGCCAAAUGGAAUAAGAUUUACCUGCUGCCGGUUGUUCCCGAUCGGCAGGAGACUUGCACAUAUUGGUUCCAGACCGUUGGCAUUCACAUGUCUUGUGGAACUUGUCUGGGAUUUCCAGUAUGGUUAGCUCUCGAACAUGUUGCUGGGCGGGGUACUGGCCUUUACAGCUGGCUUGAGUUGAUCUACCGAGUGCUUUCCUUGGUGGCACUGUUGAUAGUACUGCCCUAUCGGCAUCACCCCUGGUCUUUAGGGAUGAUGAGUUAUUUGACAUCCAUCGGAGCUGUUUUCUUGCUGCUGGAUGAGAUCUGGUCCUAUGACCAGAUCUCAAUGCGAUAUGACAACUGGAUCGCUGUAUACUUCCAUUACGGUUUUUUUUCGAAUCUGCUGAUCGUGAAUGCCUUGGUCACCGUCUUGCUUGUGAUCUUGAAGGGUGAGAAAGCUCAUUUUGAUCAGCAGAAGGAGAUGAUGCAUUUCCACUCCUUGCAGGAUUCACAUUGUUCCAGUGCAGCUGAUGAAGAGCGAAUUCGGCAGGCCAUCGCCGGAUCUGAGGAUGAGGUAGAAACUGUGAUCAGCAUUUUGUUGGCCGCAGGUGCUUAUACUGACAACUUACGACGUGCCUGGGACAAUGGCUUGGAUGUGGAGCGGGCGGGAAUGACCGAUGUAAAGUCUGGGGUCUUCUUUUCAAUCCUCAUUUGGUCAGUUUGUGCUCUGGAUCUCUUGUCAGAUUGCUUUAUUGGUCAUGUGACUCAUCGCGGACCCUUUGUCCUGCUAUGCAUCCUGUAUGCUCUCACAGUCUUGGUCAUCCCCUUCUCGGUAUGGAGGUUGGAGAAGCAAGGCCCAGACUUGGCGGUCUUUGCUUUGAAAGCUUGGGGAUUUUGGGGCAUGUUUUCCUUGCAGCUGCCCAUUAUGCUGUGCUAUCUACAAGGAUAUGAUGAAGCCGAGACUAUGCCGCUGUCGGGUUUCUUCAACCAGAGCGAGCUGGAAAUCCUGGAUACAGCGACUUGGGCCAACUCCCCAGGAUUUGACGUUCACAGAGGUCGCAUUGUGAUUGUCAGUCGCUGUCUUUGCAUGAUCGUUGCAUGGGCGAUCAUUUGGAUCGGCAUUGACCGUUGGACUCGUCUUCGAAUCUGGCUCACUGACGUAUGCAGUCCAGACUCCGAGUGCCAGUAUGAUCAGGGUGUUACAGACUCCGAGUGUGAGUCGUUGCUGGGGACAGACAGUGAAGAUUCUCAAAGCUCUUCCCGCGAUGGCUGCUGAUCUCAUUGUAUAGCAGCAUAGCGGCUCCAACCGAUGCAAAGUGCUUCGUUGCAAAGCAAUGGACUUAUUCAAUGCAAAUUGAAAUGGUGUGUUCCACAUUUGGGCCGAAGAUGUUUGAGUUCGCGAGGCUGAAAAUCAGGGGGAACACAAAAUUGUUCUUGUUCGAUCUUUUUGGCCCAGGAGUCUCAGCAGGGAGGUGUCCCA